AUGGCUAUCAGGACAUCUGUCUGGGACGAAGGGGAGAGGCAGAUGAAACAGUAUCUCAGUGCAACCCACAAGACCCGUGCUCCACAAAGACGGACCCUUGUUUACGGUAUUACUACCGUGGGGAGACACUUUCGGGCGUUUAAGGACUCGGAUAAAACAAAGGAUGUUGUUCACCGGGUUCCGCGUGGCGUUCGAAAGAAGCCUACUCCCUUCGAUAUUGGAGAUGAACAAGACCGUCGUGAUAUCGCGAAGAUCCUCGAUCAUAUCAGAGACAACCAUUGA